CUGACAUCCUGCUCUGCCUGGAGAGUGAUAUUUGACAAAGCUUUGGUGAGCAGAAAAGAUGUCCACUCGCUACCACCAAGCUGCUAGUGAUAGCUACCUGGAACUUCUGAAAGAGGCUACCAAGAGAGAUCUGAAUCUUUCUGAUGAAGAUGGCAUGACUCCCACACUCCUGGCAGCCUACCAUGGGAACUUGGAAGCCCUAGAAAUAAUCUGCAGCAGAGGAGGGGAUCCUGAUAGAUGUGACAUCUGGGGAAAUACUCCUUUACAUUAUGCAGCCUCCAAUGGCCAUGCCCACUGUGUCUCAUUCCUGAUCAACUUUGGAGCCAACAUCUUUGCCCUGGACAACGAUUUACAGUCUCCACUGGAUGCUGCUGCCAGCAGAGAGCAGAGUGAAUGUGUUGGUCUCUUGGAUAAUGCUGCCACCGCCCAGAACAUCAUGAACCCCAAGAAGGUCACCAGGCUGAAGGAGCAGGCUCAGAAGAAUGCCAGGAGGCAGAUCAAAGAGUGUGAGAGGCUCCAGGAGAAGCACCAAAAUAAGAUGGCCCGCACCUACAACAAGGAGGAAUCUGGGACUCUUUCUUCUUCCAAGGGCACUUUCUCCAGGUCAUCCCUUUCAAAUGUUUCUGCUUCCAACACAUUUGGGUCACUGUCUAAGGGCAUUAAAGACACCUUUAAAUUAAAGUUCAAGAAGAACAAAGAUACAGCAGAGCCGUUAGGGAAGGAGAGAACAAGUGGGCCGAAGAAUGUGAUGGAAGUGUUCAGAGAGGAGGACGAAGACCCCUUCUCAGGGGACUUCAAAGAGAAGCUCCAGUUCUCAGUAAAGGCGGACAGCUGUGUGCAACACGAAUCCAUUCUCAACCGUCCAGGUCUAGGAAAUGUUGUUUUUAGAAGGAACAGAAUAUUGAGCCCUGAAGACAUCUCAGACAGCAAGAGGGAGUUGGGGUUGAAAAUGCCCAGUGAAUUGCUUCAGAGACAAGGAGGACCUGAGGCUGACGAAGAGGGAGCGGAAAACCACCAUGAAGAUGAUCUGCCUUGGGAUGAGGAUGAAGUGGAAUGGGAGGAAGAUGUGGUUGAUGCUACUCCCCUGGAAGUGUUCUUGCAGUCCCACUACCUGGAAGAAUUCCUUCCUAUUUUCAUGAGAGAGCAGAUUGAUCUGGAAGCUCUGCUGCUUUGCUCUGAUGAGGACCUUCAGAGCAUACAGAUGCAGCUGGGUCCCAGGAAGAAAGUCCUUAGUGCCAUAAACAGAAGGAAGCAGGUGCUACAACAGCCUGGGCAGUUGGUCGACACCAGCCUCUGAUGGAGUGUUGGGUCAACUGGGUGAGUCUGCAGCAGUGGCGUGAUGCUGUGGCCCACUGGAAACAUUUCAGGCAUUACCCACUCUCUACCCAGUACCAGACUACUGGGUUUCUAGGGUUUUGGAGGUGUCCAUCUAAGAGGCCCAAAUUCUACUCUGAGAAAUACUCUAUACCUGUCCACAUAAACCGCUAAUGAGAAACUCAAGGAGACCUGGGAAUAAGAAAAUGACAUUUCUCUUCAAUUAUCUUUUUGAUACUUUUGAAUACAGAAAGGAUUAAAUGGAUGACAGAGAAGGGAAAAAACUUUCUUCACUUUCCUAACUCUGGAUUUAAAAUUAUAAUCUCUCAUCACAUUAGCUGCUGCUUAAUUUCUGAUCCUCAUAGCUAGGGAUUCGAACUCCAGUUCUGUCCUUAGCUCUAUGACUUUACCUGUUGGUGGAGACUAAAGUUCCUCCAUUGGCCCGUGGUGUGAUGCCCAACUUAAAUGUGUCUAACCCUUCAACAGAUGUUUACAUGUUUACAAGUAAUAGAAAUGGGUCUAUAGUACUCCUGCCUGGGAACAGAGAGAGGAUGGCAGGUAGAGAGAGAGAAGAAAGAAACGGAAUGUAGGGUACCUGUAUGGACUGAAUUUGCUCCCUCCAAAAUUCUUACGUUGAAACCGUAAUCCCUAAUGUGACUGUAUUUGAAGAUAUGACCUUUAUUAAAGAGCUGACUAAGGUUAAAUGAGGUCAUAAAGGUG